CUUUUGUUUCCUGUGAGAGAAGAACUUCCAUCACUUCAAGGCUCCGUCUUCAUUGGUCCGUGUCGUGUCUCAUGAAAUCUCUCUAAGUGUCGUCCAAUUCGUCCUUCACUCCACUGUGGGGACUUACAGCCAAUGAGCGUCGGCCUGGCAGCGUCUCCUCUGCAGCAGAUUUCUACUUCACUCGGGACGGAGCACAGCAAGACGGAGACUCAGAGGGGACAUCGAGGUGAAUCCAGGAGUCUGCACAAGUGAUCUCAAACAUGGAGGUGCCGCGGAGGCCUCAGUCCUCCUUCACUCUGGCUCUCCCCAAACCGGCCUCCUCUGCUCUGCCUCCCCUCACAGCUGUGGAGAAAGUCACCAACACAGAUCCAGUGAAAGAGAAACUCCAGGAGGAGGAGGAUGCAAAGAGAGACACGUUUAAAACAGAGGAGGACUCGGAUGUUUCUGUGUUUGUGGAGCCACCGUCAGAACUUUUAGAUACAAACUCCUCUGCUGUGGAAACGAAACUUUCCUCACAGGAUAGUUUCUCAGAGGACAGCGUGAUGUCAGAGGAGCGCCUGGCGGAGGAGGCGGCCGAGGCCAAAAAGAAGUGUGAAGAAGAGGAGGCAGCAGCUAAAGAGAGGGCGGCGCAGAGACAGAUGCUGGCCUUAGAGGAGCUGGUCCAGUCUGAGAGGAAUUACCAUCGACUGCUGCAAGUGAGCACUGUGACCAUCAGGAGCAACCUGCAGAAACUACAGCCGCCUCCAGCCAACCUGGACAGCAUGUUUCUCUACAUAGAGGACGUGAUCGACGUGUCCAGUCGUCUCCUCAGCCUGUUGGACCAGAAGAAGGUUCAGCCUGGAGACCCUCUCUACCUGCAGACGCUCUGCGAUUCGUUCCUCAGCUUGUCGUCAGACAUUGAGGCAGCAUACAAAGAGUAUCUGGCCAACUACAGCCACGUCACAGUGGUGGAGAACAGCUACAAACAGAAGGAGGCGCUCUGGAACGAGAUUGUCAAAGUCAUUAAGACCUCAGCGCCUGAAGUAAACGCCACCUCUCUGAGUUUCUUCUUGGUGAUGCCGGUGCAGCGGAUCGCCCGAUACCCGCUCCUCCUGCAGACCAUCCAGAAACACACGGACAGAUCUCACCCAGCGUAUGCACUCCUGGAGGAGACCGCUCACACCUCCAUCGCCCUCAACUGUCGCAUCAACGAGUACAAACGCUUCAGAGAAGUCGCUGACAAAUACAAGAAGACGGAAACUCUGACCAUUAAGGACAAAAUCAACCGCAUCAACACCCACAGCAUCGCAAAGAAGACAGCGAGGCUGAGCCAGCACUUCAAACAUGAGACUGGAAUAGUACCGAAGCUGGUGGAUGAAGAGUUUGACGCUCUGGAGGGUUUCUUUUAUGUUCUGGAGCACGGGAUCCUGGAGCUGCUGGAGAACGUGGAGACGUACCUGCACCACCUACAGGGGUUCCUGGCCUGCAAAACAGAGGAGUUUGACUUCGAUAUGGACGGAGAGAAGGCGCCUAUCUGCUACAAGGAGAUCACUACUGCUCUCAGACAGUGGAUUCUUCCGACAUUUGAGAAGAGGAUGAGGACGUUAAUCCACAAGCCGCUGUGUGCGCUCCGUGACCUCCUGGUUGGCCCGAGGAACCUGAUCAGGAAAAGGCUGGACAAGCUGCUCGACUACGAAUUGAUAGAAGCCAAAUCCAAUCUGAGCUACGAGGAGCAGGCUGUGGCCAACACGUACAGGACAAUGAACACUUUGCUCCUCAAUGAGCUCCCCCAGUUCAACGGUUUGGCUCUGCAGAUGAUCUGGAGCAUGUUGGGGACGUUCAGCUGUCUGCAUAAAGAUCUCGCCUCCGACAUGGAGCAGCUGUUCCAGAGCUUCGCACAGCAGCUCCCUCACAGCUCUAUUAACCCCAGUGCAUUCUGGGAGUGGGCUGAGUCUGCGGUGCUGGAAGGUGCGAAGAGGCUGGAGACUUUGUGUCGAAGUGUCGAGGAAAGCCUCAAUGCGCCCUUCGUCCAGCCUCUGAGUCCGUCCUCUCAGCGCCGUCUGAAGCAGCUCACAGACAAACAUGGUUCUGGAAAGAUCUACCAGGUGAUGGUGACGGUGGUGGGCAGCCGGGACCUGGACCUGAACCUGACCAAAGGGGAGCUGGUGGCCAUCAUCAGCGAGGCCGACAGCCGCGGAGACAAACGACGAUGGCUGGUCGACGCAGGAGGCAGGCGAGGGUACGCUCCUUCUUCAAAGCUGAUUCGCUAUCACACGCCAACAGACGACCCGCCACCUUCGCCACACCUGACCCUGCCUGACGGCAUGACGGGAGUCAGGAGACACUCCUACACCCCGGAGAGCCGGACUCUGACGGUCAUGAGCCAGCCGUGCUUCCAGGUGCUGGCGGCGUACGAUUUCACGGCGAGAGGAAACCACGAAGUUUCCAUUCGGGCCGGCGAGCCAGUUCGCGUCCUGGAGCCCCACGACAAACGAGGGAACCCCGAGUGGAGUCUGGUGGAGGCGAGAGGUGGGCAGAGAGGCUACGUGCCCUCCAACUACCUCACUAUCAUGCCCAUGGGGGCGGGGCCACUCGGCACGUAUCCGCCCUUCUGAUAUCAGGGGAGAAAAAACAGCAGCUCGUAUGACGGGAGAGUCUCCAAAACUGUCUCUAGAAGGCUCACAGCAGUAUUUAUUAAUGAAGGUGCACCGCACUCUCACACAAUAUCCUGAUUUUACAUCGCGACCAUCAAUUAUUCUUAUUUUCGGCAACAGAAUCAGUGUUUUUAAACACGAGCGCCGUUAAAUGCAGUUUAAGGGCCACAGUGUUCGAACUAAAACGUUAAAUUCUACUGAACUUUUCCUAAACCUACCUCCUGUGCAAAUAUUAGUUUUAGUUUGUUUACACACAGUUAUUUAAAAUAAACUGCAUAAAAGCAGAAGAAUUAA